AUGGACUUGCCAGAGAGACUUCUAACCAACAAGGAAGCCUCUCGACUCGGCAUGAACAGAGUAACCUUUGAACCCUACACUCAUGAACAGCUGAAGAUUAUCGUCACGUCCCGGUUAGAAAAUCUGGUCGUGUUUAAGCCCGAAGCCAUAGAGCUGUGUGCGCGUAAGAUAGCCGCUACAUCAGGUGAUGCUCGGAGGUGUUUGGAUAUUUGUCGCGCCGCAACUGAGAUGGCCCAGGAGAGGGCAGAAGGUGAACUCAAAAAGGUCGGUAUCCCGGAAAUAGACGCCGUGAUCAAGAGGAUGCAUAAGAACACGACCGUUGUAAGUGUACGCAACAGUAGCUGGCAACAACAGCUUUUUCUGGUCUCACUGCUCCAGGUACUGAAACGUUCAGGUAUGGAAGAGGCACGGUUGCACCAGAUUAUCGGUCAAUUCCUGAAGAUCUGCAAAUCACAUUCUUUCAAUUCGCCAUCGGAGAGUCAGAUAUCUGGCAUCGCUCGGGUGUUAUCGGCAAUGAGGGUGAUACACUCGGAGCCCUGCGUCACUGAUUUUCAUCGACGGAUUCGGCUAAACACAGAUGCUACGGCGGUGGAUAUGGCUCUUCGACAGGAUAAAACUCUAAAGAAGAUUUUAUCAGGGUCUGUAGUAUGA